GCUGUGUGUAGGUGUUCGGUAAGAGUCGGAGACAUGCGCUUCAUACUUUGCACUGUAGUCCUUCUUAUCUUUAAUAUUUCGGGACAGUUGGGCGAAAGUGUCUCAGAUCCAGGAGACGGAGGUUAUGAGUUCUUUCAUGCAGCAGAUCACUAUGACUUUGCUCUUCUGCUGUCUGGUAUGGAGUCACAGUGUUACUGGCACUUUGCUCAUCAGGACAGGCGCUUUUACCUGACUUACAUGGUUCAGUGGGUGUCUGGGAUGACUGCAAACAGACAUGUGGCAGUUUCUGUUUUCUCUCCUAAGGGCAUUCUCCUUUCCUACACUGAUAACACUAUGGGCCAGAUAAACUUUCAAGUAAAGGAAGCAGGUUUUUACAAGAUGUGUUUUGCCAACUAUCACAACCAUUUCGGUGAUAUGCGAGUCUUCCUGAACUUCGGGGUGUUCUCCGAAGAGGAGGCUGAGACUGAGAGGGAAAAUGAAAUGGAUGAAGAGGUUUUCAACAGCACGCUUUUUAAUAUUAAGGACAUUUCAAAUAAGCUACGCCUUCGAACCCAGCACAUGUGGCGCUUCUAUAACGUAGCACGGAUGCGCAGAGGGGCUGAUUACUUCCUGCUUCAGGCCAAGUCCUACUACGUGAAUGCCUGGUCUGUCCUCCAGAGCUUCGUCAUCAUCAUGGCUGGAUAUCUGCAGCUCUUCUUCCUCAAGAAGUUCUUCAAGACGGAUGAAAACCGACGUUGUUGCUGAGAGAUAGCGAGAGAAUGCUGACACCACAAUGCUGUUUCCUUUGUGUCAUGAUAUAACAGUGAAAGAGGAAGGAAGGAAGAAAACUGUGUGGUCAGAAGACUUUGCUGAAGUCUGUGGCAUUGUUAAUGCCGAGUGUUGACAGUUAAGAGCUUGUAAUACUGUAUGAAUGUACUGUAGAUGUUGUAGAUGUGUUUUUUAUGUCAUGUUGCUAUGGGAAAUAAACAGCAAGUUUAACUUUGAUAAGCUUUAAAUCAAUGCUGGAUAAACUAAUAAAAA